AUGACCGCCUGCACCCUUCUGGCUGGUGGGCUUCGGGACCCGCAGCUCUGCGCCGGCGCGCUGGGGGCUCCGUCCCGACCUAGACUCACCCCCGCGGUGCCCAGGCCCGGGUCUCGGCUCCCGCUGCUGCUGCUGCUGCUGCUGCUGCUGCUGCCUCCCCCCGUCCGCUCCGCCGUGUUCACCGUCGGGGUACUGGGCCCCUGGGCCUGCGACCCCAUCUUCGCCCGUGCCCGCCCGGAGCUGGCCGCCCUCCUGCGGGCGUUCCGCUGGGCGCGCGUGGCCCUGGUCACCGCGCCGCAGGACCUGUGGGUGGAGGCUGGCCGCGCUCUGGCCGCGGCGCUCCGGGCCCGGGGUCUGCCCGUCGCCCUGGUGACCUCCAUGGAGCCCUCGGACCUCGCUGGCGCCCGGGAAGCCCUGAGGAGGGUCCGCGAUGGGCCCAGGAUCAGAGCAGUGAUCAUGGUGAUGCACUCGCUGCUGCUGGGAGGCGAGGAGCAGCGCCGCCUGCUGGAGGCCGCAGAGGAGCUGGGCCUGGCCGACGGCUCCCUGGUCUUCCUGCCCUUCGACACGCUCCACUACGCCUUGUCGCCAGGCCGGGAGGCCUUGGCUGCACUCGCCAACAGCUCCCAGCUUCGUAGGGCCCACGAUGCUGUGCUCACCCUCACGCGCCACUGUCCCCCGGAAAGCAGCGUGCUGGACAGCCUGCGCAGGGCCCAAGAGAUACAGGAGCUGCCCCCUGACCUCAAUCCACAGCAGGUGUCCCCGCUCUUCGGCACCAUCUACGACGCGGUGUCCUUGUUGGCGCGGGGCGUGGCGGGGGCGCGGGCAGCCGGAGGUGGUGGCCGGGUGUCCGGAGCAGCUGUAGCCCUCUACGCCCGGGACGCCCAGGUCCCUGGCUUCUGCGGGGCGCUGGGGGGAGUCGAGGAGUCCCCGUUUGUACUGCUGGACACAGACGAGGCGGGGGACCAGCUGUUCGCCACAUACACGCUGGACCCCGCCCGGGGCUCCCUCCGCUCCGCUGGGAACCCGGUGCACUUCCCUCGCGGGGGACGGGGGCCUGGGCCCGACCCCUGGUGCUGGUUCGAUCCCGACGACAUCUGCAACGGAGGAGUGGAGCCCGGCCUCGUCUUCCUUGCCUUCCUCCUGGUGGUGGGGAUGGGGCUGACCGGGGCCCUCCUGGCCCAUUACCUGAGGCACCGGCUACUUCACAUCCAACUGGUCUCUGGCCCCAACAAGAUCAUCUUGACUCUGGAUGACAUCACCUUCCUCCACCCACAGAGAAGCAGCUCUCGGAAGGUAGUCCAGGGGAGUCGAUCGAGUCUGGCUGCCCGCAGCGUGUCAGACAUCCGCAGUGUCCGCAGCCAGCCCCCUGACAGCUCCAACAUUGGCCUCUAUGAGGGAGACUGGGUUUGGCUGAAGAAAUUCCCAGGGGAUCAGCACAUAGCUAUCCGUCCAGUAACCAAGACAACCUUCUCCAAGCUCAGGGAACUGCGGCACGAAAACGUGGCCCUCUACCUGGGGCUCUUCCUGGCCCGGGGCGAGGACGGAGCCGCGGCGCCGGGGGAGGGCAUCCUGGCUGUGGUCUCGGAGCACUGUGCCCGGGGCUCCCUCCAAGACCUCCUUGCCCAGAGAGACAUAAAGCUGGACUGGAUGUUUAAGUCCUCCCUCCUGCUGGAUCUCAUCAAGGGAAUGAGAUAUCUGCACCAUCGAGGCGUCGCCCACGGGCGGCUUAAAUCCCGGAACUGCGUGGUGGACGGGAGGUUCGUGCUCAAGGUCACCGACCACGGCCACGGGCGACUGCUGGAAGCGCAGAGGGUGUUACCAGAGCCCCCGAGCGCGGAGGACCAGCUAUGGACAGCCCCGGAGCUGCUUCGAGACCAGGCCCUGCAGCGUCGGGGGACGCUGGCCGGCGAUGUCUUCAGCCUGGGCAUCAUCAUGCAAGAAGUCGUGUGUCGCAGCGCCCCCUACGCCAUGCUGGAGUUGACUCCCGAAGAGGUGGUGCAGAGGGUGCAGAGCCCCCCUCCACUGUGUCGGCCUUUGGUGUCCAUGGACCAGGCGCCCUUGGAGUGCAUCCGGCUGAUGGAGCAGUGCUGGGCAGAGCAGCCAGACCUUCGGCCCUCCAUGGACCGCACCUUCGACCUGUUUAAGGGCAUCAACAAAGGCCGAAAGAUGAACAUCAUCGACUCGAUGCUGCGGAUGCUGGAGCAGUACUCAAGCAACCUGGAGGACCUGAUCCACGAGCGCACGGAAGAGCUGGAACUGGAAAAGCAGAAGACAGACCGGCUGCUCACACAGAUGCUGCCUCCGUCAGUGGCCGAAGCCUUGAAGAUGGGAAUACCUGUGGAACCUGAGUACUUUGAGGAGGUGACGCUGUACUUCAGCGAUAUCGUGGGCUUCACCACUAUCUCAGCCAUGAGUGAGCCCAUUGAGGUGGUGGACCUGCUCAAUGACCUUUACACUCUCUUUGAUGCCAUUAUUGGAGCCCACGAUGUCUACAAGGUGGAGACAAUUGGGGACGCCUAUAUGGUGGCCUCGGGGCUGCCUCAGCGGAAUGGGCAGCGGCACGCAGCGGAGAUCGCUAACAUGGCGCUGGACAUUCUCAGUGCCGUGGGCUCCUUCCGCAUGCGCCACAUGUCCGAGGUGCCUGUGCGCAUCCGCAUCGGCCUGCACUCUGGCCCCUGUGUGGCGGGCGUGGUGGGCCUCACCAUGCCACGGUACUGCCUGUUUGGGGACACAGUCAACACCGCCUCGCGCAUGGAGUCCACCGGGCUGCCUUACCGUAUCCACGUGAACAUGAGCACCGUGCGGAUUCUCUGCGCUCUGGACGAGGGCUUCCAGGUGGAGGUGCGAGGUCGCACCGAGCUGAAGGGCAAGGGCGUCGAGGACACUUACUGGCUGGUGGGCAGACGCGGCUUCAACAAGCCUAUCCCUAAACCGCCCGAUCUGCAGCCGGGGGCCAGUAACCACGGCAUCAGCCUGCAGGAGAUCCCCCCUGAGCGGCGCCAGAAGCUAGAGAAGGCGCGCCCGCGCCCGUUCCCGGGAAAGUGA